GUACUGAAUUGUGAAUUAGUUCUUGCCCUUUCCAGUCGUAUUCAGAAUUUCAGACUCCACUUCCCAGGGCCCAAAGUCUUUCAUAAUCCUUUUAGAAUUCGGAGGAAGAAAACCUUAUAAAAAGGAAGACCCACUGGCCACUAAUGAAUUAACAAGCAAGGAAGGAAAAGAGAGCAAAAGCAGGAGACUUCGACGACGAUCAGUUUACGAGUCAGUUACUGAAACCCCCCGAUAACUUCUCGUCUGGGUUCCGAUUUCGAACAACAAUGGUGAAGCUGAGAGUUGCAGGGACAUGGUCGGGGGUUCUGGAUGAGGUCGACUUGGAGAAUUGGACGGUGCCCACGUUGAGGGAAGAAGUCGCCAAGCGAUCAAACGUUUCCCCUGCCUCAAUCAAUCUGAUAUGCGCCGGCAAGAUGCUGAAAGACGGCGACGGCACGGAGAAGCUCUCGCAGUUGGGCAUCAGGCCCAACUCGAAGAUUCUGGCCAGCCGGGUCGCCGUCGACGAAGGGAAAUCGUUGAAGGACGAGGAGGAGCUCAAUCAGAGGCUGGCUCGCGUAAAGGCUGCUGUAACUGCAUUGUCCACAAGACACGCAGACGGUGCAUUGCCGCUCGAGGACUUCAAUCUAGAAAUCGAAGACCAACUUGGGAACAAACUGCACUUAUCCGAGUCCGAUAGACAGGCACUGAUGAUGGGUUUGAUGCUCCACACAAAUGGCAAGGUUCUAAUGAAAAGGGGAAAGUUCAGAGAUGCUCUGGAAGUACUGAAUAUGGCAGAGGUUGGUUGGCUCUUUCUCAACAUAGCGGGACGAUUUGCAUGCCUAUUCAAGCUUUUUGGUUACGAGUUUUGGGAGGAUUCAUUGCUGCGUGUUGAUAAUAUUGCAAUGCUGCAAAUGGACAUGGUGUGGUGCUAUUUCAUGCUGAAAGACAUUGCAUGUCUCUCUGUUGCUGGAGUACGUCUUGAUAAGGCAAGAGAUGGAUUCGAACGUGCUCAUGGCAAGGAUGCCUCUCGUCUCAAACUACUUCAAGCAGGAAACUCUUCGGAGCUUGCAGUAUAUUUGAGAUUGGAACUACUCGAAGCAGUGGUGGCAUAUCAUAGUGGCCAGCUUGAGAAAUCUAGGAGGUACUUGAUAUCUGCACAGACCAAAUUCAAAAGGCUACAAGUGUCCGAUGAAGUCUUGUCAGUUGUUAUGGGGAUGGGUUUCGAAGAAAACGAAGCAAAGAGAGCAUUGAGAAUCAACAAUCAAGAUGCCGAACGUGCUGUUGAUUUUCUAGUUGAGGAAAGGGCGCGGAAAGCACUGAAACGACAAGAAGACCUUAAGCGGCAAGCAGAAAUAUUGGAGCAAAAAAAGUAUGGUGUUACACCCUUGAAGAAAGCUGUGGAUAUCCAACUAUUGACAGGAUUGGUCUCCAUAGGGUUUGAGAAGCAACUUGCUGCUGAAGCACUACGAAGAAACGAGAAUGAUACUCAGAAGGCAUUGGAUGAUUUGACAAAUCCAGAAACUAAUGCUACCAUCCAGAACGACAUUGAAACAAGGAAAGCCAAAAGACAGAAGCAAGACACGGACUCUAAAAUCCGACUGAUUGCAUCCAUGGGAUUCGACAUGCCAGCUGUAGCUGCAGCGGUCCAAGCUGGUGGCACUACAGAGACAAUAAUGCGGCGGCUUCUCCAACAAGGGCCACUUCCAGAUCCCGCUGCUGCUCUUCAGGCUGCUGCUGCUCAUGCUCAGGCCGUUGCUGCUGAUGGUGCUGCUGCUCAGGCUGUUGCUGCUGAUGGUGCUGCCGCAAAUGCUGAACCACCAGCUGAUGCAAGUUUCUCUGAACCGCGAGAUGUGGAAAUGGAGGAUGAGAUAGCAAAUGAAUUAGCAAGGAGAGACGCUUUAUCUGACUAUGAUAUUGAUGUAACAAGAGAAGGGGAAGCCAUUGACGAGUACUUGGCAUUACUCGAUUCAACUGGUCGUAGCAGUGGAAGUGCUUCAACUUCUGGUCGAGGCCACCAGGAGAAGGAAAUAAGGAACUAGUCUCUCUGUAAAUUAUUAGUGUCAAUAGCUGAUGACUAUAGUUUAUCGCUUUUCAUCUUUUGACAAUUGUAGCUUCUAUCUGGGAAUGUUUUUCUUUUUUGGUGAAGGAAAUUAGUUACACAAUGUUUUAUUUUAGUUCCAGAUCACCUUCUUUAGACAUCCUUUUGGAAUGGUCAUCAGUGACCUAUUUGAGCACAAUAUAUAUAAUACAAUCUUUCCCCUCUUCAAGGUGUAGCAGUUAGCUGAAAAUCAUCAGACUGGGAAUAGCAAA